AUGUUCUUGUUAUCAAUAAAUGCUGCAGAUUUGGCGUUCAUUGUCCUUCUCGCUUUAAUAGCGUUCCUUGUCUUCAGACCUCUUCUUCACUAUCUUCUUGAUCCUCUCGACAUGAGAAAAUAUCCAGCACCCAGCUUCCUUGCAGCAACAACUCAGUGGUGGAUUCUCAAGGAGACAUGGCUCCAACGACGCUCCAGAAGCAUCCAUGAUCAGCAUGAAAGACUUGGUGAUGUCAUCCGAAUUGCGCCUAGUCUCAUCAUCUUCAACAUCCCGGAAGCCGUGCCUGACAUAUACGGCCAUGCUGCAGCUCGAAAGCUUGUUAAGGACACAUUUUAUGACAAAAUUGCUGGUAAAGAGCGCGACAUUGUCAAUGUCAUUGAUCAUGGCGAUCAUUCUCAGCGAAGAAAAUACCUUUCCAACUCAUUUGCGCUCAAAACAGUUACGGACAUGGAACCUAUCAUCAGACAAAACUUCCAGAGGAUGCUUGACUACUUGGAUGAAAUUGCAACCCAGGACACGGCGAGUCAGGCAUUGGACAUUCGACGAUGGUUCAACUACUUCACUUUGGAUGUCAUCGGCGACAUGGCUUUUAGCCUCCCUAUGGGCUUUCUAGCAGGCAGAUGUGAUACCACAAGAGUUAAAUCUCCUGGGAGGCAUGAAUACCAUAUCCCCAGUACUCUUGACGCACUGCAUCGAGGGACAAGAUUGUCCACGACUUUAGCUCAGCUAUCCAGCAUUCGAUGCGUCAAAAUCAUCAAACGACUUUUCACUUCCACAAAUUGGCUGAAACAGUCAACUGGAGCUCAAGGAAUCGAAGACUUUGACAAUGUUUGUACCAGCCAGCUAACUAGGAGAUUGAAUAACGGCUCACCAGAUCGUCUUCAACAAGACUUCAUGAGUAAGAUCCUGACGAACCGCGAGGGCGAAACUCGAGGGCUUUCAUUUGAAAGACUUUUAUCUGAAUCCAUCGUCUUCAUGAAUGCUGGCAGCGAAACUACUGCUGCUGCUCUUUCGAGUACCCUGUACUUUUUGCUCUCAAAUCCAAAAUGCUUCGAGAAGCUACGAGGUGAGAUCGAUGCCAAACCAGGAUCGAGCAACGAAGGAAUUGUCUCAUACGAUUCUGCUAAGGACCUUCCGUAUUUGAGAGCGUGUAUUGACGAGUCAUUGAGACUCCGACCCCCAAUUGCCUAUGCUCAACAACGUCUCGUGGUAUGUCCCCAAGGCGCAAUCAUAGCGGGCCAUCACAUCAAGCAAGGGACGACUGUUGCAGUUUCACCAUGGACUAUCCACCGAAACAGGAAACUGUAUAAGGACCCCGAUGAGUUCGAUCCGGAGCGAUGGUUUGACCCAGAGCAAUUGUCCAAUCUCAGAAGGUACUACAUCGUGUUCAGUCAAGGACCGCGUCAAUGCCUUGGCAGGCACAUUGCGAUUGUUGAACUGCAGAUAUUGAUUUCCACCUUGGUGCGGAGAUACGACAUGUACUUGGCGGACCAAGAGAUGGACUUCGUCAUCUUUGAUCGAUUCAACUCGAACCCUGGACCUCUUCCUGUCAAGGUGGAGCGGCGGGUAUUUGUGGACUAG